AUGUCCAAGACAUGCUGCGUUAAUCUCUUUGAUAAGAAGGUUGGGGAAAGAUUUGAAAAGCAUAGCGACAAAUUGUGUGAAUAUUAUAAAGAUUCCGAGCUGCGAGUGCAGGAAUUACGCGUCCUACCAGGCACUGCCAAAGGAGAUAAUUUCGCCAGCAUUAUAUUGCGCAUAAAUGUGAAGUAUAGUCGUGGAAAGUCCGAAGGGCGAACUGAUUCAGUGUCUUUCUUGGUAAAGACAUCAUUUGCCGAACAGGAUCUGAGCGCUAAUGUAGUGCGGGACUAUAAUAUCUACAUACGGGAGAUGGAUAUGUAUGAGAUUAUAUUACCAAAGCUGGCGCUGCUACUCAAGGAGCUCGGCGAUGAAAGCAAACUUUUUGCGAGCACUGUGAACGUAGAUCGAGAGGUUUCGGCUAUCAUGUUCGAAGAUAUGUUGCUGGAGAAUUAUGGAAUGGCCUGUCGCUUCAAGCGCUUAGACUUGCAACAUACGCAACUGGUCCUUGAGAAAUUGGCAACAUUUCACGCAAUAGGAGCGGUUCUAAAUGAGCGCGAGCCUGGAAUUUAUGCCAAAAAUUUCGAUCGUGGUAUCUUUAAUCGUUACACUCGUGGCUAUCAGCCCAUAAUGGAGCAGCUUUUUAAGUAUGGGGAACGAACAACAGAUGUGAACGAUCGUGAUUUUAUGACGCUCGCUCACGGCGAUGUCUGGACGAUGAACGUUAUGUUUCAAUACGAUGCACAACAGAGACCCAGUAAUGCCAUACUGAUCGAUUUUCAAUUCAGUGUUUGGUGCUCUCCAACCAUCGAUCUUCACUACCUCUUAAAUACAUCGUUGCCCGAACCAGUGCGCUUGCAAGAUCAGCCGAAAUUGGUGCAAUACUAUUAUUAUAAGUUAGUGGAGGUGCUAAAGAAACUACGAUAUGCUGGGUAUAUCCCAAGUCUUUUUGAGUUCCAACGACAGUUCGAGGCACGUGCGUUUUACGGGCUUUUCGGUGCGCUAGUUUUCCAGCCGGUCCAGCUUUAUCAAGGCCAGGAGAAGGGUUCCAUUGAAAUAAUCCUUUCCGAAGAUGAAAGUGCUAUGCAGUUUAAAGAUUCCGUUUUUCAAAAUGAUGUUAUGAUAAAUAAAUUGCACAGACUGCUGCCGUUUUUCGAUCGUAAAGGCCUGCUAGAUGAUAUGCAUUAA